AGAAUUUGUAACUUGAACCUGUUACAGGAUGAUGUCAUUGUUGUGUCUGCCCACCCUGACCUUGACCUGAGUAGGACACAGGUCACCCAGGCCGUAGUGAAGGAGGGAGGGGCCAGAAUUCAGCAGGACCUGAGGAGUAGCUACCCUAACGGAAUCCAAGUGGGGGAUCUGGCAAUUGUGAAUGCCAGAAAUCUGCCAUGUCAGGAGGUGUAUAUCAUGACCUUACCCAAAUACAACCAAGAUCCCAAAACAUCAGAAAAGAAUCUAAAAGACUUGGUGGUGAAAUGCCUGACUGUUGGUAACAAGAAGGGCCAUAGUUCCAUCUCGUUUCCUUGCCUAGGUACAGGAUAUAAUGGGUAUCCCCACAUUCAGGCCGCUGCCUUGCUGUUUGAAGCAGUAACUGAGUACGACAGAAAGGUGUCCUCAACCAGCAUUAAGUCUGUCAACUUUGUAGCUCUCAACAAAGAUCACAAAUCUCUUGGGGCAUUCCAGAGUGAGGAGAAAAAGUUCUGCUCCCAGCAGGCCCAGCCCUCCCUUGAUCAGUCUGUCAUGGGUCAGAGUGUUAGUUUUGGUUCUUUGGGUUCCUCAAUGGCUGCAGGGGCCACCAGCUUCGCCCGGGGCAUGAUGACUAGAGCCAGUAGGAUGUUCAAGAGUGAGAUGGAGGAGGAGGAGAAAACUUCUGAGGUUGUCGCUAGACAUGGACAGAAACCAAAUGAGGUUGUGAUUGGCCAGUUGACAAUAAGUGUUAGUGCAGGCGACCUUACAGAGCAGAAAGUUGACGCUAUUGUCAACAGCACCAACCUAGAGCUGGACUUUACGCAAGGGGGAGUUUCUGGUGCACUUGCCAAGAAAUGUGGAAAACAGCUGGAGACUGAGUGUGCCGCUAAGAAGAAAGAAAUGAAGGAUAAGAAGAUGAUAGUGACGUCUGGUUGUGGACUAAGGAACAUUAAGCACAUCAUCCACAUUGAGUGUCAGGACACCAUCAAGAAAUGGAGGGAAGUAGUGAAGAAAACACUGGAAAUGGCAGACAACACACAGUGUACAACUAUAGCCUUCCCAGUUCUGGGAACAGGGAAAGGCUUUGUGACCUUCAAACCAGAGGCCAUUGGAGAGAUGUUUGUGGAAAGUGUUUCUGAGUUCCUGUCACUGAGCGGUCAAAAGAAGAUCACACUGGUCAAGGUCGUAGCUUUCCAGGAGGAAAUGGUCACUCCCUUGUCCACUGCAAUGAGAAGUGCUUGUGGCAAACCCAAGAAUACAGGGAUGUUGGACAAGCUCUCAGACUUGGCAAGCGAUGUUGGGUUGGCGCCCCAGAAAGGCCUGGCCUCGAUGGCUACUGUGAAUGAAGACCAGUCUGUGAUGUUGUGGAUCUAUGGAGAAACAAAGGGGGCCAGAGAUGAUACGAUUGACGAAAUAUCCAAAUUCAUCAAAUCACAGUCUACAAAGGCCAAGAUUGAAGACAAAACCUUGUUACCAAACUUAAAACCAAAUGAGUUGGACAAGAUUAAAAAGGUUCAGGAGAAGCAUGAUGUUAAGAUGUCCAUUGAACAACAGAGAGGGAUUAUAAUGGUGGAAGGUCUGACAGAGGAGGUAUCUAAUGCCAAGGACAAGAUACAUGAGCUUCUUAGACAUUUCCAGAAAGAGAAAUGGUUAGAUGAGGAAGCCAAACUGGUGGCUGAUACAGUACAAUGGAGUGUCAUGGUAAAAGACCAAACAACUGGUAUAGACAAACUAGAAGAUUAUCCAGAACGUCAGAAUAUGUACCUUGAGGAUGCUUACAAGAAGAAACUGAACACCGUUACAUUGAAGACAAUGGAUGGGGAUAUUAUUGUUGACUUGACAACAAUGAAGGAGUACCCAGCUAAUGAUCCAACCCAAACUGAUAAUGUUGUCAGGAAAGAAAAAGCCACAGGAAAUAAGAUUGAGCUACCAGCCCACUGGGCCCCAAUGAAGGAUAACGAGAAUAUCAAGGUUGUAACCUUACUACCCUCCAGUCAGGAAUACCAGGAUAUUGAGAAGAGAUUCCUGAGUGGAGUCAAGACAGGCAUCUAUAACACAGGCAGGGCUCCAAACCCAGCUAAUAAUCCAGUGGGCCAGUUCAACAACGUCAAAGUCAACAAGAUUGAAAGAAUCCAAAACCCUUCAUUAUACCAACAGUAUGCAGCCAAGCUUGACCACAUAGAAAAGCAUGUGGACCAGAAUCAAGUCAAGUUAGUACAGGAUCUGUGGCAUGGAGCGGCGCCAGCAGCCAUCGUCAGCAUUAAUUACUAUGGUUUUAACCGCAGCUACUGUGGAGAUAACGGUGGAGAGCCAUGGUAUGGACGGGGGGUUUAUUUUGCCAGCGACGCCUCUUAUUCGGCAAGAGACUGGUUAUCAGGGCGGGAUCCCUCGGGUAAAAAGAAAAUGUAUCAAGCAAAAGUUAUUACAGGACAUUACUGUGCUGGAGUCAAAGGCAUGAGAUUUCUAUCAGAGAGAAUGAAAGGAGUGAAUUUUGAUUGUGCCGUUAAUGACUUGAAUAACCCAACAGAAUUUGUCAUUUUUAAUGACACCCAGGCAUAUCCAGAAUAUUGUAUCGAGUUCACAAUUUGAUCUCA